CGCUCUUUCGGGUGGUUGCCAACCGCCAAUCAAUCAAAGGAAGAAGAAGAAGAAGAAGAAGCAGUAGAAGAAGAAGACGAAAACGUCGUAUCCGGUGGGGUGUUGAAAUCCUUCUUGCUAUUGCUGGAUUUUUAAACCUCAUUAGAAGGAGCCGGAGCCACAGAUCUGCCUCCGCGGUCAGUCCGCUGCAAGGGGGUGAUUAUGCGGCCUGGACGGCGUCUGCAGCGGCUUUAACACGUCUCCCUCCGUGCAGGCAGGGACGCAUUCCUCGGCGUUUUUCCGUUUUAGGCCGUCUCAUGAUGGAGCUUGGAGGAAUCCCCGCAGACAUCCUCUCCCAGCAUCCCUGGUUUCCUGUGAACAUCAGCGGCUGCCAUCUUCUCGCCAAGAGCUGGUUUGGAGACACCGCGUACCAUGUCUUGCUGACUGAUAUGAAGUGUGUGUGGGAGGAAAGAAUGGAGUCGGCUGCCAUCCAGAGUCGAGCACAGGAGCUGAACAGACGUUUGCGAGCCCCAGUGAGAGCUUUCUACUCCCAUCUGCGAGAGAUAGUCCAGCCCUGCCUGAUGGGAAGCAACAAGGAACCUGCAAGUGAAGCUCAGAUCUUUCUAACACGCCAGGAGGAUGGUAACAUCAUCAUGAAACUGAAGAGUGAGCUGGCAGGGCUGCCCUUCUACUGGGAGUUUUGCUGCAUUCCUGCAUCUGUCUCCCAGGUGUGUUUGCAGCUUGUGCGCCCCCUGCUGGCGAUGAGCCGUCUGCUGCAGCAUCAGGUGGAGCAGCUAAGAGGUCUGCUGCUUAGGAAGGAUGCAGAGAUUCAGGAUUACAAGGAGAAUGGAGCCACACUCAGCAGAGAACGGCUGGAAACUGAAGUUUUUGACGAGCAUACUCAAAGAGAAGACUUCAUGGCAAAGGCUCUUCCUCUGCUGUGUUCUGAGGAGCAGGACUCUCUGGGCUUCAGCUCCGAACUGCAGCACCUCUAUUCAGUCGUUACAGCUACUGAUCCUACUGAUCAGAGGAAGGCACCAAAGCGCCGACUGUCUGAAGACCCGCCCCUCACUAAAGAAUCGGACCCGACCCCAUCUUUAGCUUUGGAGGAGAGAGAAGCAGCCAAGAAUGGGAGGAGCAACACUGAAGCCACUGCUGAUGACCGAUCCUCAGUAAAAGAACAGUCUGUGUCCAUCACAUCCAACCCCACAGAGCGACUGUCCACCAAACCAAAGAAGAAGAAAGUGGGACUGUUCAAAUGAGCUGCGAUUCAUUUACAUGAAGCACCUUUGAACAAACUGGGUUUUAGUUCCUGUUUUAGCUGCUUUUAUUUUACAUUAAAAUGUCUUAACAAAUUUUAAUACCAACUUUUUUUUGUUUGUUUUUAAAGGUUUUGGGCCGUCAUGUAUAUUGCAAAUUUACUGUAUUUAAUAAUUACUACUAUUGUUUUAUACUCUAAUAAAGAACAAAAUACAA